UAGGAUCGCGGAGCGAUGGCGCAACGCUGCGCGCGCGGGAAACGCUCGCUCGCCUGUUUCGCGCUUUUCCUCGCCACCUCGUGCUCGGCCUCGAUCCAACCCCGGCCGUUGGCGAUCGGCAACACGUUGGAGCAGGGCAAGGACUACUUCAUAGGCCCGUGCCUGGUCAACACGAAUCAGACGUGCCCCGACAAGGAGGUGACCUUCUUCCUGUACACGAGCAGGAACCCGAGAACGUGGCAGCAGAUAUUCGUGGACGGGAGCGGGUCGAACUUGAGACGGACCAACUUCGACGCGUCGAACCCGACCAAGAUCGUGGUGCACGGCUACGACUCGGACAUGGAGCUUUCCUAUCUGGUGGACGUGAGGGACGAGUACUUGAAGAGGGGCGAUUACAACGUGAUCGCGGUGGACUGGCGUCGGUUGGCCAAGGCCCCGUGCUACCCGAUCGCCGUGCAGAACGUGCCCCACGUGGGCGAUUGCUUGGCCCAGUUGGUGGAGAGGCUGAGGGACGAGGGCGCGGUGGACGUGCACGUGAUCGGGUUCAGCCUGGGUGCGCACGUGCCCGCGUUCGCCGCCAACGCCCUCAGCCCUUACAAGGUGUCGAGGAUCACGGGCCUGGACCCGGCCAUGCCGUUGUUCGUCACCGUGGACAAACGGGAGAAGCUGGACGCGUCCGACGCCCAUUUCGUCGACGUGUUCCACACGAACGCGUUCAUCCAGGGCAAGGUGGAGAUGAGCGGCCACGUGGACUUCUACAUGAACGGGGGCGUGAAUCAGCCGGGGUGUUGGGAGGGGUGGAGGCCGUUCGAGUGCGACCACCACAGAUCCGUCAUGUACUUCGCCGAGUCGAUAAACACGGAGCUCGGUUUCUGGGGCUGGCAGUGCGGUGGUUUCACUUUCUACCUGCUCGGCCUCUGCCCCCCGAGAUAUCCGGCCGUUCUCGCGGGCGACAAGGUGGACAGGAGCAGAAGGGGCUUCCACCUCGUCAGGACGAACGCGCACAGCCCUUACGCGAUGGGCAAUUUCACCGUGAACCGAUUGGACGUGUACACUGUGCAGUAAAGGAGAAGAAAAGAAAGGAGUGAAUUGGUGGUGAAACGCGUUCCAUUCGACGCGGUUCGUUCGUACGAAUUUUUCGCGGAAACAGGGGCGAGAGAGGCGGCGCGUGGCCUCUCGUUAUUCCCGGAAACUACGUGUUAUUCCUCCGGCCAGCGUGAGAGUCGGUUGAAAAAAAGCAUUCCGUGUCAAGGUCAGGGGGGGGGGGAUCCCCGCCACCUGCUGUUAAUCGAUAGCGUGUUCCGCUGGUGGGAGGGAGAGGGGAGGAGUGUAGUGAGGCUGCAUUGCUCGCGUUUAGAACUUGUUCCUUAUCGAUUUUUCACGUGCGAACGAGAGAACUCGAAAUUUCGAAUAAAAUUCCGAUUUUUUUUUUUCUUCUUUGUUUCGUUUCGUUUUGAAAGGGUUCGAUUUUCGUUCUUUUUUUUUUUUUUUCCUCUUUCUUGGACAUAUUACGUUAAGUUUUUUCUUUUUUUUUUUUUUUCUUAGAUUAGAAUUACGUUUGAAAACGUAAAAUAACGAACGAACGUUAAAGACGAUUACUCGGUUGAUUUAUCGUGCUGUAUUUCUCGAUAGUAAAUGACCGAUAGCUCGUUACGUUGAUUUUGCAAUCGUAAAUAACAAAGAAUAAAUUUGAGAUAAAAGAGAAUUCGUAAUAACAAACAAUCUCGACGCGUUUUGCUGUUCGAUGACUGUAAAAAAAAAAUUAUAAUUUAAUUUAAAAAAAAAAAUAAUCGUCUUAAAUUUUUAUAUAUCGUUCUUUAUUUAACGUUAUACCAUCUCUGUAAAAAUAGCAUAGUUGUAUCAAUUUUAAAGAGAAGAGAAUUCGAGUGACGAUCGACGUUACGUAAUCUCCUUACGUAACGAUUCGUUUCGAAUAAAUUUCUGUCUUAUUGUUAAAAUUAACGUAUCGAUAAAGCGAAAAAAAUUUUAAGACUGUAUAAGAACAAAAAAA